CUGGCUUCAUCCAGUCGAGUGCUGAGCGUCAGUGGAGUGGAGAGCGCGAGAGCCCAGCACCACAAUAAUGGCAACCACAACAGCAGAAGGCGAAACCCGUCAAAGACUGCUGCGAAACGUGAAGAAGGAGGUCAAGCAGAUCAUGGAGGAAGCAGUCACAAGGAAGUUUGUUCAUGAAGACAGUAGCCAUAUUGUCUCAUUCUGUGCUGCUGUUGAAGCCUGUGUGCUUCAUGGGUUAAAGCGGAGAGCUGCUGGUUUCCUACGAAGCAACAAGAUAGCUGCGCUCUUCACCAAAGUGGGCAAAAGCUUCCCUCCAGCUGAAGAGCUGUGCAGAAAAGCCCAGGAGCUGGAACUGGUCUUUGAGAGCAAACGAAGUCAGUCUCUCUCAUACAGUGAAAGCACCCGUAAGAUGCCCAAAGUCCCAAACUUCUCACCUCAGGCCGUCAGACAUGUGUGGAUCCACACCGCACUCAUUGAGAAAGUGCUAGACAAAAUCGUGCUGUACCUGGUGGAAAACAGCAGUAAGUUUUAUGAGAAGGAGGCUAUCCUAAUGGACCCUGUGGACGGCCCUAUCCUCGCCUCUUUGUUAGUGGGCCCCUGUGCGUUGGAGUACACUAAAAUGAAGACGGCAGAUCAUUUCUGGACGGAUCCUUCAGCUGACGAGUUGGUGCAAAGGCAUCGUAUUCACAGUGGCCAUUGCCGACAAGACUCUCCUACAAAGAGACCUGCCCUCUGUAUUCAGAAAAGACACUCCAGUAGUAGUAUGGAUGAAAGGCCAUCUCCCUCCCCCUCUGCCAGAGAUUAUGUGGAGUCUCUUCAUCAGAAUUCCAGAGCGACCCUCCUGUUCGGCAAGAACAACGUACUGGUGCAGCCGAGGGAUGAUAUGGAAGCAAUCCCAGGGUACCUCUCUCUACACCAGACGGCUGACUGCAUGACUCUGAAAUGGACGCCAAAUCAGCUAAUGAACGGCUCCAUGGGAGAUCUCGACUAUGAGAAGAGUGUUUACUGGGACUACGCCAUGACGAUCCACCUGGAGGAGAUUGUGUACUUGCACUGUCAUCAGCAGGUGGAUUGUGGAGGAACAGUGGUUCUGGUUAGUCAGGAUGGGAUUCAAAGGCCACCGCUUCGUUUUCCCCGUGGUGGUCACCUCCUACAGUUCCUCUCCUGUCUGGAAAAUGGUCUGCUGCCUCACGGCCAGUUAGACCCGCCGCUUUGGUCCCAGAGAGGAAAGGGUAAGGUAUUUCCUAAGCUAAAGAAGAGAUGUCCACAGGGAUCCUCAGACUCUGUCUCAGACAAAGAAGAGGAAGAAGCAACAGAUUUUGUCUUCCGUAUUGUUUUCCCAAACAGUCAGUCAGAAUUUGUGACUUUUACCCAGUCCUCCCAUCUUUCACUGGGUACUGUCCUCCUGGCCCGAUCUCUCUCCCUGAACUCGAGAGGGCUGUGGCCUCCUAAACGGCAGAUGCUGGUGAUGCCAAAGCGCCACUGCAGCUCCCCGGGAGAGUCCCCAUCCUCCCCUGAGCUCAGCUUGGCACCAGAAUUGAUAGAUCAGGGAGCAAACAUGUGGCACCCAACACCAAGGAAAUCAUCUUGCUCUUCCUGCUCACAGAGUAGUUUCUCUGAUGGAGCACCGCCCAAUGGAUGCAAUCAUGAAAGGGCCCCUCUGAAGUUGCUGUGUGACAACAUGAAGAACCAAAUCAUCUCUCGGGCUUUCUAUGGAUGGCUGGCGUACUGCCGUCACCUGUCCACGGUACGCACUCACCUGUCUGGCCUUGUCAAUCACACUAUUGUGGAACCAGAUGUGCCCAGUGACGCCUAUGGAGGCCUCACGACAGAAGUGUGGCAGAAGUUUCUUCAAGACUGCAGCACCUAUGAGGAGAAGGAGUUACUGCGACUAGUUUAUUUUGGUGGAGUUGAGCCUUCUUUGCGAAAGGAGGUCUGGCCUUUCCUGCUGGGUCAUUACCAAUUUGGGAUGUCUGAGGCUGAGAGAAAAGAGAUGGAUGAGCAGAUGCGAGCGUGCUAUGAGCAGACAAUGAGCGAAUGGCUGGGGUGUGAGGCCAUUGUUAGGCAGAGAGAAAAAGAACAGCAUGCUGUGGCGUUAGCCAAGUGUUCAUCUGGGGCGAGUAUAGACAGCACCACACAGAGAAUAAUGCACCGUGACUCAACCGUCAGUUAUGAGUCCUCGCAGAGCUGUAGUUCAGGGAGGCAAAGAGAUUCCAGGCUGCAGAGCGACUCCAGCAGCAGUACUCAAUUCUUCACUUCCCAAAACCGCUUCCCCUGGAGUAGCUUUCUUCCGUUUGGCUUGUUUUUCCAGGUGUUUGAGUCCAUUGAAGAGGUCGACCAGAUCGAGUCCGAGCCCAAGAGUGAAGAUGCCAAACAGGUGUCCAAAAUCUCAAAUGGAACACCGCAAAAUGGCACAAGUUCUCCAGACUCCGGUCUACCCUCUUCCAGAAACUUCUCCAUUACUUCUGGUCAGUCGGACUCCUUGAGCACAGAGGACAGUGGGAUACAUGACCCAAGCCUUAAAGCUCAACCACAGCUUGCAGUAUCAAAGGAGAGGUUUGCGAGUUCAUCUGGUGAGGAAGGAAAGGUGACUGAGGAAGUUGUGGCAAUAUUAGAGAGAAGCAAGAAGGCCACAGAGAGCCUUUCCGAUAAAAGGUCAGAGGUCGAGACUGAGGGGUUGAAAAUGGCUCGCAGCCACAUGACCAAAAUGGAAGUGGGCGACUCUCCAGAGAGGACUUUGACAUCAGAAAAUGAAGCACUGACAGAGCGCACUGAGUCAGAAAUUCUCAAAGUGACAGAGGUCGAGGAAUCGACUACUCCAGAGCAGAAGAUGAAUGAGAAUCGGGUAAGUGUGGACACUGAAAGGUCCCACAUGGGAAUGAAAGAUAUCAGAGCAAUCCAAGAGGAACCUUUGGUUACAAAAGAUCAUAAGGUAUCGGAUGCACUUGAGCAGAAGAUUGUAGCUGACAUGCUGGUGUCUGUUUCAAAGGACGAUGAUACAGAGAAAGAAACCAAUGAAAUAAGCAAAGAUAAAGACUGCAAGACAUGCGUGGAUGACGCCAACAAUGUUAGUGGCACACAAAGUGCUUUAAAACCAAGUGAUAAGAAAGAGAACAAGACCAGUGAUUUACCCAGUGGAGCUGGAACAACAGUAAAGAGGAAAACAACAUCAGUUCUCCCAAAAACCAUUGGUACAGAGCUAAGAGAAGGGAAGGAUGAUUCAAAGAGAAGCACACAUAAAGAAAUGCAGAGGAACGCUCCAGUAAUUGAGGAGACGGUGGUCCCAUUGGUGCAUGAAGCUUUUAGCACAAGAGAGAUGGGUGAAGCCCAAGAUGCAACGGAGUCAGACGAGUCUCCCUCUGCAAUUGAAAUGGAAGAGAUUCCUACAGCUAAAGUGUCCAUGGCUUGGGAAAGGAAGAGUUCACCCAAAAGCAAGGCUAGUGAGCAGGCAGCUGUACCUGUAUUGGAGCUCAGGCUGGAGGAAGCUCAUGGAAAGCCCAGCUCUGAAGGAAUGGACUCUGAGGAGCCAGAGAUGGAGAGUCUUUGCCCACAGCUGGAUUCACUUGCUGUAAACACUGAGAAGAAUGAAGAUACCUCUCCAGUUGCCUCUAUUGGCACCACUUAUUCUCAAGAGCUUUUGGACCUGUACACUCUAAAUCUGCAUCGCAUUGAUAAAGACGUUCAGCGCUGUGACCGAAAUUACUGGUAUUUUACUCCUGCUAACUUGGAAAAAUUGCGCAACAUCAUGUGCAGUUAUAUCUGGCAGCACCUGGAAAUUGGAUAUGUCCAGGGCAUGUGUGACCUGCUCGCUCCCUUGCUAGUUAUUCUAGAUGAUGAGGCCAUGGCUUUCAGUUGUUUCACUGAACUAAUGAAAAGGAUGAAUCAAAAUUUUCCUCAUGGAGGUGCGAUGGACACACACUUUGCCAAUAUGAGAUCUCUCAUCCAGAUUCUAGACGCAGAGCUGUUUGAGCUAAUGCAUCAGAACGGAGACUACACACACUUCUACUUCUGCUAUCGCUGGUUUCUUCUUGACUUUAAAAGAGAGUUGGUGUAUGAUGAUGUGUUUGCUGUGUGGGAGGUCACCUGGGCUGCUAAGUGUGUCUCCUCCAGCCAUUUUGGGCUCUUCAUUGCUCUUGCAUUGGUGGAGAUAUACAGAGACAUCAUUCUAGAAAACAAUAUGGACUUCACAGACAUCAUCAAGUUUUUCAAUGAAAUGGCUGAGCAUCACAAUACCAAGCAAAUUCUGACUCUGGCUCGAGACCUGGUUUGCAAAGUGCAGACGCUUAUAGAGAACAAGUAACUCUGAAACCUCUCACCUCUGUUGUUUAAAUCAUGUUCGCAAUGUAACCCAUCAGCCCUUGCUACAAUACAACAGGGAACAUUUGGCCAAAGCUUAAUGAGCUUCAAGCAUACGGUAACAUUUCCAAUGCCAAACUUCUUGAUCUACCUGCAAUCAGUCAGUGUGCAAUUUAAGAGAGUCAUCUGGCUCUUUAAUCAGGUUUUACUGAACAUCAUAGUACAUGACAUUUCAUAAGCAGAUGCUGCUAAUGAGUGGUCAUUCACUGUUUGACAUGGAAUUUUAUCCUGUGUCUAAAAUGCAGUCAGGAUUACCAGUCAGUAGUGACUCGGGUGCUCUGUUCCAAAACCUAGCGAGCUGCCUUGCUGUCUACUGCCUACAUAAACUGAAACAGAACAUCAGAAGUGACUGAUUUGUUUCCAAUUUAAUUCCAGUAGAAUUUGGUGUUAGUAUGUUUGCUAAUAUAAUGACACUCAUACUGGACAUAGCACACACACACACAUUCUAGGUAGAAUAGUCAGUUUAAAUCAGAUUUAAACUUUUAUUGAUACUUGUCGGUGAAAACAAGUAUUUUGAAACAUUUUCUUCACUCAUGUGAUGCUGCCUUAUAAUUUAACCAAUAGAACAUAUCUUAGAAAGCAGCAUUAUGUUGCAGAUGUGUGCCUAUGAUGCCUUAAAAUGCUGCCUAUGUAGGCAGCUCACUAGGUUUUUAAACCGAGCAAUAGUUCAGGAGUUCAGGUCAGGUGCAUUUUAUUGCUAAGAGACGCUCACACUAGAUUUCAUGCUCCAUUUGCUUUCACAUAUAUGGAGUGCCCAUAUGUACACUGCUGUUCAAUAGUUUGG